GAGACAGGGAGAGAGGGACGUAUAGUUGAGAAGGAGGUAUCAUGAAGGGAGGAAUAGCUGUAGCGGUUCUCCUUUUCGGGGUGUGUCUGGUGCUGGGUGACGUGACGGACAAGGAUGUGGUGAGAGCUGUGCUUGAGGUCGACACAUCCUGACGAGUGAUGAGCAAGUUCCAGCAAGUGAAGCAAUUUAUCCUGCACGACCUGGAAUUCUUCCACAACGUCGACUAUGAGGACGUUAAUGGAGCAAUGCCCACAAUGGUGUUCUACAAUAAAAAUAAGGAGGCUGUGGAGCGCAUUGACCUCCAGACAGCCACACGGGAAGAGAUCAAUGAGUUGCUGAUCAAGAAGGGGUUCUACAAGAAGUCCAAUCAUGAUGAAGAGGUGCCAGAGGAGUACAAAGAAGGCCCCUAUGUUGAGAAGGAUGAGCUGUAAAUGAUUCAACUGCAGAACAACCCACUGAGAUUCUGUGUCUUUUGUCUUUUUUUUAUGUAAGACUGGCACUGGUGAUCAUGAAGUGCCAGAGAAGUAAAAAGGCUCUUAUGUCAUGACUUACAUAAAGAACAACCCAUUGUGAUUCCACAUUUUCUAUUUUUCAUGUAAGAGGGGCAAUGGCCAGGGACAACAAAAUAUAUAUGAAAAAAUAGGUUCCCUGAGGUGCAAGUCUCUAAAGGAGAGUGAAAAGGUUUAGGCAAAAUUAGAGAAAUUUAGAGAAAUGAAUGGUUCUUAAGUUCAGACCAGAAUCUCAGUGCUAAAUCACACCUAAAAUGAUGUUUAAAGUUGUCAGUUAUGCUUUGGUACCCGAGCAAUGACUGGCCAGCGUGGCGUGUGCCGGGCACCAGACAGGGGUGAGGCAACCACACAUGAAGGAGGUGGUGGAAAGGGACACAUCCCACACCACCUCUGGAACACACUGGCUGCACACACUCUGCGUCUGUGUCCCUCAUGUGCCAUGCUAGUCAUUGCAAUAAGUAACCUUACAUAAUACUCUGUUGUCCAUUACAUUAAGUAUGAUCUGGUUACUGCAUUAAAGCAAUUAAGAACAUAUGAAAAUAAGGGAAGCUGUAAGAAGUCAUCAGGCCUAGAUGUGGCAGUCCCUGUAUGAAACAUGCCUACCUAUUUCCACCUCUUAUCAUCCCCAUCUAUGGAUUUCUUAUCUUUUAAAGCUUUCUAUUGACUCCAGAUUACAACCAGAUUACUGAGUUCAUUCCAUUCAUCUACCUCUUUAUUUGAAAACCAAUUCAUUCUAGUCUUUUUUUUAAAUCAAUUUUUUUCAAGCUUAAACCUCUUACUUUAGUUUAGGAGUGCAAUAAAGCAAUAUUUUGA